AUGGCCAUCCACCUCAACAUCGCCGGGACCCAUGGCCGCAGCCAGGAGCAGCAGGCCGAAGUGCGCGAGGCCAAGCGCAUCCUGAAAGAGAGGAUCCGCUGCGAUUGGGAAUACGGUCCACUGCCGCAACAUCGCUCCAGCGGGAUCCGACCGCCCGUCGUCGACGACAGCCGGCCGACCACCACCACUGCCGCAUCGCUGGUGCAGGACGUUCGCGAACCGAUCGCCGGCUUCCGGUUCCAUUCCACCACCACCAGCGUCGGCGGCGGCGGCGGCGAUGGCGAACCGUCAUCACCGCAUCCUCCCGGGGGAGUCCUCGGGCUGACCUUCGACCCGACGGAGUGGCGCGAUCGGGAAUACUCCUCCAUGUCGGAGAGCAGCGAUGAGGAGGAGGAAGUCACCGCCGAAACCGUCAUCCUGGAAUCCUUCCGCCUGUCGCAGAGGAUGGAACUGGGGCGCCCAUCCGGCGGCAAGACCGCCGGUCCAAAAGGCAAACCCUUCCGCUUCGACGGGCCCGACAGCGUCGGCGCCGAGGUCGCCGCCCGGCGCCAGGCCACGAAGCGGAGACGCCAGACUCGCCUGGCCGAGGAGUCGGGGUGGAACGACGGUCUGGCCCAUUGGCUGCGCCGGCGGGACGAAUGGUGCGGCGCGCGCGACGCCGACGCCGUCCUCGCGCUGCAGAAGCGGAAAGCCGCCGCCGCGGACGCCGAUCCCGAUCGCCCGGCCACCAGCACCUCCACCUCCCUCGCCGACGCAGAGUCGGAGGGCUCGACGCCGCGCACGUCCGUCUCGUCGUCGCCGAACACCCCCGGCUCCCCCUCGGCGACGACGCCCGAACCCAGCCUCUCCGACGUCCCGCCCGCGACCGUGGCGCCGAAAGGCAGCAGCACCACCGCGACGACGACGACGACGGUCACGCCGACCGUUUCGAGAGGAACAUCCGUCCCCGAGAACGCAGCAGUCCCCGCGAUCCCCACGUCAUCACAACCUCCGCCGCCACCGAACCCACAACCGUCCUCCUCCUCCUCCUCAUCGCCGCCACCUCCCACCCCCAUAUCCUCCCACCCCUCCUCCCUCCUCCUCCCGCUCGCGCCCCCGCUCCUCCCGGCCAGCCACCCGAUCCGCGCGCGCAUCACGCCGCAGAGCUACCCGGAGAUCUACAGCAAGAUCAUCCUGCAGGCGCGCACGCCCAGCGUGCCCAUCAACCUGCGCACGCUGCUGGCCGCGCUAGUCGCCGGCUGGAAGGCCGACGACGAGUGGCCGCCGAAGCCCUCCGCGGGGCUCGCCGCGGAGAAGUCCCUCGGCCGGAAGAAAACGGCGGCGGCGGCGGUCUCGAACGCCAGGCCCCCGGCCAGCAGGAGGAGGGAUCCCGCCGCCCCCGCCGACAGGGAGCCCGAGGGUUUGAGGCACGGCGUCAAGGCCGCGGUCGGCAGGGUCCUGAGGCUGGGCGGCGCCCUGUCCUCGUCGCACUCGAGUUCCGGCGGCGGCGUCGGGGGCGAUGCGGCGGCGAAGAACACGUCGAGGCGGAAGGAGGAGGGGGGAUGA